AUGCUCAGGCUUAUCCGACUUGGUGCCACCUCUGCCACCAAACACCGCUUCACACAAGUGGCAUUCGGAUCGAUGGCGCUCAGAUGGCACCACAGCGGCUAUGAGACCAGCCAGCUGGGCGGAUCACCCGGCACCCCCUCCUACCGCCUAUACCUCGCGCACAACAAAUCGCCCCUCUCCCCCUGGCACGACAUCCCCCUGAAGCCCAACACCGCACAGCAACCGCACGAGUACAAUAUGAUCUGUGAGAUCCCGCGCUUCACCAAUGCAAAGCUUGAAAUCGACACCAAAUCACCCUUCAACCCACUAAAGCAGGACACAAAGAACGGCCGUCUGCGCUUUGUCUCGGACAUCUUCCCCUACAAGGGUUAUAUCUGGAACUACGGCGCCUUGCCUCAGACCUACGAGGAUCCCGAGCACUGCGAUAAGGACACCGGGUGUGUGGGCGAUAGCGACCCUGUGGAUGUCGUUGAGGUUGGGGCGCGGAUCGCGCGCGUCGGCGAGGUUUAUAGGGUCAAGGUGCUCGGCCUGGUUGCGCUGAUUGAUGACGGCGAGACCGAUUGGAAGGUCUUUGCUAUCCGAUCGGAUGAUCCCCUGGCGGAUAGAGUCAGGGAUAUUGAUGGCUUGGAAAAGCAUAUGCCUGGCUUGAUUGCCGCUACUGUCGACUGGUUUACCAAGUACAAGGUGCCCGAUGGCAAGCCACUCAAUGCCUGGGCCUUUAACGCUAAGCCCAAGGACGCUGCGUACGCGCACCAGGUCAUUGCAGACACGCAUGACGCCUGGAAACGGCUUGUGCACUCGCAGCAAAGCAAGUUUGCUCUGUCGAAUGUCUCUGUUGAGUCGAGCUCGCACCGCCUGCUGCCCGCCGAUGCAAACACCAAGUUCAAGGCUCUUGUCGACGGAUCAAUAAGUCGAGUGGUGUCCUCUGAUCCAGCGUGCAACGACGUCGCGCCGCAGACCGCCGCCGACAAAUGGUACUUUGUGCACGGUAAUACUGUCACCAACAAGGACUAG